CUGUGUGUCAGUGCUCGCCUCUUUGUUCAAACCGAUUCAGCUCCUCACCCUCAGCGUCGCCACCUGCGCACGGGGAGUGAGCACCGGCACCGAGUGUCUAUCCAGAUUUAGAUUUAGAUAUCUCUAAAUUGGGCAUGUGGCAGAUGCUGCAUAUUAGUCGUGAAGUAGACUAGUGGCUUAUUUUUUGAAUGUGUGAAGCGUAGCUUGGGACGUUGAAUCAUUUUUGCUCACUUACCGGUUCUUUUUUGCUGUUUCACCCAUUCGACCAAACGCUGACAGACGACACGAUUGGAGCAUCGGGAUACGUUUAGAGCACCUUCACUGAAGCGCUACGUUCCGAUCGUACAUUCCUGCGGAUUUUUUAUUUAUUACUACUUUCAGGAUUUCAUCCAAAGGGACCAUUGCUGAUUUGUCAGGACGCAGUCAGACUCCUCUCUAAAGGUCAAGGAUGGCGGUGGCUGUGUGUGUAGCUGGUCUGCAGGCUGUCCUGUCUCUGCUGCUGCUUGGUAUGAGCGAGGCAUCCUCCAUAGUGAACAUGCGUAGAGUCACCCACCCUACCAUACGAGAGCCCCUGGCUGGCAUCGCCCACCUCCCCUGUGUCUUCACCCUCCAGCCCAGUGAGCUCAGCCCUUCCAGCCAGCCUCCCCACAUCCAGUGGACCCGAACCUGGAUACCGCAGGGUGGAGAGGGGGGUCCACUGGAGCAGAUGGUUCUCUCAGCGAAGGGUGAUAUGGUGAAGGUGAAUAAGGCUUUCGCUGGCCAGGUCAGGUUGCUUGGAUACGCUGCUAACAACCUAAAUGCUACCAUGGAGAUCUCAGGCCUCCGUAGCAACGACACAGGAACCUACCAGUGCCAGAUUUUGGUUGUAGAUGACUACGAGCGAGACAUAGUGCCCCUUGUGGUCACAGGUGUGGUAUUCCAUUACUGGUCUCCUAGCGACCGUUACGCCCUCUCAUUUGAUGACGCUAAGUGGGCCUGUCAGGAGAACUCCGCCCUCAUCGCCACGCCCAACCAGCUGUGGGCGGCGUUCCAUGACGGUUACUCCAACUGUGCUGCCGGAUGGCUCUCUGACCAGACUGUCCGCUAUCCUAUCCAGUCACCAGAGCUUGGUUGCUAUGGACACCAGGAAUACUCAUCUGGUGUGAGGAAUUAUGGGAAAAGAGACGCUAAUGAGCUGUUCGAUGUCUACUGUUUCAGCAGGGAAUUGGAGGGUGAGGUAUUUCAUUCCUGGGUCCCAGGGCGUCUGUCUUUGUCCUCUGCCUCAGAACGCUGCGUCUCCCUGGGGGGACAGUUAGCCACGGUGGGACAGCUCUACCUGGCCUGGAGGACAGGACUAGACGUCUGUGCUCCAGGCUGGCUCUCUGACGGCAGUGUCCGCUACCCUAUCACCCAGCCCAGGCAGGGCUGUGGAGGGGACCAGCCAGGGGUCCGGACCGUUGUACCCAACACCAAUGGAACCACAACCAGCAGCGGAUCAGCCAAUGCUACAGAUGCCAUACCACUCUAUGACGCCUAUUGCUACAGAGGGAACGUGAAGAAGCCAGGCCCCAUCUCUAGGAUCUACACGUCUUUGUGGAAGCCUUGGAGCCAGCUGACCGACUCCAGCCACUCAGACAACCUGGGAACAGACAGUCCUGCCCUGGCUACUGAGACCACCAGCAGCACACCGACCACCGUCACAGAGAGCCGUAACCUUUCACCAUCUGAUGACCUCACACCCUCAAACUGGACCGGAUUGGUUGAUCUGGAGGAAGAGGCCCACUCUUCCACAGAUCCCUGGUCCUCCGAGUCCUCUGAGGGGUAUGUCACCCUGCAGCUGAGCCCAGGAGAGAGCUCUCUAGCCUGGGGAGACCUGGGAGACAUGGACCCUGACUCUGGAGCUUUCCUCAGACCUCCAGCCACACCCAGCCCCAGUCCGAGUACUACCACUCAGGAAGACCUAUCACCCUCGACCCCAGCUGACAGAAAGGUGAUGGCCAAGAUAGUGAAGUCCAUGUGGAAGCCGUGGAACUACCUGGCAGAAGGUACCCCAGGAACAGGCAGUCCAGAGGGGGAGAGAAAGGGAAGUGCAGCAGGGACUCUGACAGACAGUGUGGCUGUACCCACCGGCUCUCCUGCUCCAGGUUUAUCCUCAUGGGGUGGUGGGUGGUGGGAUGGCUCAGGACUGGGGGACCUAGAUGAUACACCACCCACUGGUGAGCCGUCGUCCUCCGCUGGUGAGCCGUCGUCCUCCGCUGGUGUGCCGUCGUCCUCCCCUGGUGUGCCGUCGUCCUCCCCUGGUGUGCCGUCGUCCUCCCCUGGUGUGCCGUCGUCCUCCGCGGGUGAGCCGUCGUCCUCCCCUGGUGUGCCGUCGUCCUCCGCGGGUGAGCCGUCGUCCUCCCCUGGUGAGCCUUCGUCCUCCCCUGGUGUGCCGCCGUCCUCCCCUGGUGAGCCGUCGUCCUCCCCUGGUGAGCCUUCGUCCUCCCCUGGUGUGCCGUCGUCCUCCCCUGGUGUGCCGUCGUCCUCCCCUGGUGUGCCGUCGUCCUCCCCUGGUGAGACGUCGUCCUCCCCUGGGGUGCCGUUGUCCUCCCCUGGUGAGCCUUCGUCCUCCCCUGGUGAGCUUUCGUCCUCUCCUGGUGAGUCUUCGUCCUCCCCUGGUGUGCCGUCAUCCUCCCCUGGUGAGCUGUCGUCCUCCCCUGGUGUGCCGUCGUCCUCCCCUGGUGAGCCGUCGUCCUCCCCUGGUGAGCCGUCGUCCUCCCCUGGUGAGCCGUCGUCCUCCCCUGGUGAGCCAUCAGCCUCCCCAGCCCUGCUCACCUCUACCCCGGCCACAGAGAUCCAGUCCUCUGCCUCCACCUCCACCACUGGAGGGUGGAAGGCUAUCCCAGACACUACUCAGCCCAUAGGGGGGACAUGGGUCCAAGUGACCCCUUCAACAGGUGUGACCUCGCCCCAGCCGGGUGAUAGGAGAAUGGAAGAGGUUACCACUAGUACCACUAGAGCAGAUAGCAUAGCCACCACUGGGAGCGGGAGAGCGAUGGUGAAAGAGGAGGAAGGGAGUGCCCUGGGGGCCUCCGACGAGGCCAGAGGGGAGAUCCAGUUUACCGGUAUCCCCGUUGGAACAACCAAACCCAAACUCAGGGUCCCUCCAUCCAACAACAGAACCAUGUGGAAGAACCAGUCACAAGCCAGUGGCAGCACAACCCAACCCACAGUCAGCAGCUCCACAGCUGGGUCAGACAGCAGAGACUCUUCCCCUCCAUCCAGACCAGGUGCUGGAGCUCCAGCCCCUCCACCCUCAGCCUCAGUCAGCCAGGGCAGCUCCAGGGUGGCAUCUCCGUCCAUAUCCUGGGUCCCCACGGAGAGAUCUGAAGAGCGGGGUGGCGAGGGGCCGGAGAGAGAGCCCCUGGAGGUGCCCUCCGAACCACCAGUGGAGGAGGAGACAGCCUUGUCUCACUCGCUCGGCUCUGGGUUGCCUAGCAACAUGGACGAGGAAGGUGGCAGAGGUGCCGGAUUCAACCAAAGCAACAGAACUCUGGACUCUGCUGGUGAGGAGGAGCCCUGUGUGACCAACCCGUGUGUACAUGAAGGGCAGUGUCUACCUCAGGGCAAGGGCUACAGCUGUUACUGCCCACAGGGCUUCACAGGGGAGAACUGUGAGAUCGACGUGGAUGACUGCCAGUCCAACCCGUGUCUCAACGGAGGCACCUGCAUCGACAAGAUCGACUCAUUCAUCUGCCUCUGUCUGCCCAGCUACGCAGGAGACACCUGUGAGAAGGAUGUUGAGGGUUGUGAGCAUGGAUGGAGGAAGUUCCAUGGCCACUGCUACAGGUACUUCUCUCACAGACACACCUGGGAGGAUGCAGAGAAGGACUGCAGAGAGCAGAGCGCCCACCUCAGCAGUAUCACCUCAGUCACCGAGCAGGAGUUCAUCAAUGGGCUGGGCCAUGACAACGCCUGGAUCGGCCUGAAUGAUCGCACAGUGGAGGAGGACUUUCAGUGGACUGACACCAAUGACCUGGUGUAUGAGAACUGGAGGGAGAGCCAGCCUGAUAACUUCUUUGCGGGCGGAGAGGACUGUGUGGUGACCAUCGCCCAUGAGGAGGGCAAGUGGAACGACGUGCCCUGCAACUAUAACCUGCCCUACAUCUGCAAAAAAGGCACAGUGCUGUGUGGAACCCCGCCCGCUGUGGAGAAUGCCCAUCUGAUUGGCCGUCGGCGGUCCCAUUAUGACAUCCAUGCAGUGGUGCGUUACCAGUGUGCCGAAGGUUUUUACCAGCGCCACAUCCCCACCGCGCGUUGCCGGGCCGAUGGCACCUGGGACCGACCCAAGAUCAUCUGCACAAAGUCUCGGCGAUCCCACCGGUACCGCCGCAACCACCGCCACGGCCAGCGCCGGGAGCGUAGGAACCACAGGAGAUACGGAGGAGAGGCCCACAUGGAGAGGGGAGAGGACGCACAUAGCCAAUACUGAACCAAAUACUACACCUCCCACAAUGCUCUGCGCCUGACCGCUGACCUAUCCUGGGGCUGUAGGGGAUCAACCCCUCACAAUGGACAAUAGUUGACAUCUGAAAGUUCUCUUUUCCUGACCUAUUUCAGUCUGUCUCUUUGGAUUGAAAUCUCACUUGAGAUACUCUAUGUGUACAAAACUUUAACUUUCAUGCAAAUGACCGAUUGACAUUAGUUCAAAAAAAGUUCUGUGUUACACACCCAUAUCUCAUGUUUGGAUUUGUCCUUUUGUUGUUGAUUUUGUUUAACCCAUGUCCAUUACUUACAACAGUAAUAGUCUCUCUCUCGCUAACACGGUCGCUAAUACUGUAACUUAGAAACAGCAAAUCCUUGGCAUGUCUAUGAAUAACCUAUUCUCACUAUCGAAACAUAAAUACAGUGAUGUGUGUUCGUGCGUGUGUAUGUGUGUGAGAGAAAGUGUGUAUCCUAUGCGAGUGUGUUUUUAUAAGUUUGAAGCUUGUUCUACAUCUCAGAACAUCCUAAUGUUUGUGUCCUGUUAAAAAAGCACAGAUGUAAUUAAUAAGUUAGCUAGUUAGCUUUCAGUCCCAAUUAACCCAGAGCUUUUGUCUGUAUCCUGUACUUGUUAUGUUCCCUUAGGUCCCCUGAAUAGUAGGGCUGUUUUAUUAUUCAACUUAUGUGCCAUUUUUUAAUAUUUGCUAACUUUUCAUGUCACGUCACUAUUUAUUAUGGACUAGUUAAUAUAUGUUGAUUUUUUUUAUACAUAAUCCAACAAGGCAAUGUAAUACCUGUUUUCUUUUAUGUACCAUUCUCUUACAAUCAAAACGUGUUAACCAAAAAACAAGUUAACCCUUUGAUUGCCUGUACUGUACUGUAAAUACUGUGGUUUUUGUUUGUUUGUUAUUGACUGACACCUGAUUGAUACCUGACCCUUGUCCAGCCAUGUGUUUCCCAUCGGCAUCUCAACUAAUAUUCUUAAACAGCCCCAUCGAUCUAAAUGGAAUAAAAUAGGAUAGAUUAAAAUACUACGGACUGAGACAAAACAUUCCCAAGAUAUCUACUCGAUCGUCAAUAGACCCAGUCUUUGCACGGCUCCAAUAUGUGAUGGGUAGGAUGCCAUGAAUCUGGUCCUUGAUUGGUCGUCACCCAUUUUUUGGUGUUGUUAUGAUGUCCUGUCCAGCUGUUGUGUUCCAUUCUUAAUAAAGCUAAAAAACAAACAAAUGAA